AUGAAGCCUUCAGUGCUCCUGUUGGUCCUGUUUCUCUGCGUGCUCCUGCUGCCUGCCCCGGGAUGGAAAAAGAAGAAGUACUCUCAGAGAGAGCUGUCACUUCAGGAGUGUUGGGGACAGCCAAAAGUUAAGGAUUGUAAAAAGAAGUGUUCUAGACGUUUCAGAUGUUUACAAAAAAAUCACACAUGCUGCUGGACCUACUGUGGUAACAUCUGUGCACCAAUUGGGCCUUUUCUGUGGAUACACUGGGCUCAGCCAGAUUUUUCAGUGCCCAAUGGACAGGUCAUGGUGUCAGUCAUGGGAAGUUCUUUGAAAGAAAGAAAUGACCCUGACUUCUCAGUGGCCCGGCCUCAUGUGGGCUAG